CUGAUCUAACGUCAUGGACGGUACCUGCCUUCGUCAGUUUGUCACAGCAUCUAUCAAAAAUUUCCUGCAACUACAACGGAUCAAAGAUUUUGCAUUUUUGCAUCCUUGGAAUUCGUCUGGACGUUUGGCAUGUAGCAUCUGUUCAUACGCAAAGUAAUUUAUAUGUGCAUGCAUGAGUCAAUGAUGUAUUGAUGAUGUUGACGCGGUCAGUCUAACCGACGACCGCGAUUAAUACUUGAUCGUAUUGUACUUCUUAUGUGUAUGUAAACGUGCGCGAGAAAUCCAAGUGAUAUAUGUGGUAUCGCUGUCUCUAUAUUUUAUACAGUUAUUGUAAUAUUGUUAUCAGUCAUAAAGCUCUGCGAGAGUAGUUGUUACCUUGCUACUGAUUGUGGGCUACCCACUAGUCUCAGUCCCAGUCCCAGUCGUGGGUUACGGGUCACGGGUCACGGGUCACUAAACAGCUGUGAUAAAUGUACGUUAUAUGCAUGCAUACCACGUUUUGCCAUAGCUACAGUAGUUAAGAAUUGAAUUCUUCUCUGUACAGGAUAUGAUGUACAAAAAGGACCAGUCGCAUUUUUCGCAAUACGUGAGAAAAGAGAGAGAGAGAGAGACAGAGAGAAAUAUAUUGUGCACUUUAAUCUCGACAUUUUAUUAUUAUGUAAUCAAACAAUUCCGCGUUCAGUUGUCGCGUUCAGUUUCUCCAUUAAUCCUUCCUUGCAACCGUAUGGCUUUUACUCGAGCUUAAAAAUGAUAGAAAAGCAUGCCUAUACGAAGCCUUAAGGCUUAAGGUAGAGUGAAACCUUUAACGGAAUGUACUAGCACCGCUUGUAGGAGUAGAAAUAGAGAGGAUCGGCAUCUUCGAGCGGCAUGCGGCGUACUCUGCGCGACGUCUUCUACCAUUCUACCGAUAUGAAGACGCGGGAAGAAAUCCUGUGUGCCGUAGCGUGGAUUACUUGGUGGAUUACAGGUUUCCUCUCUCCUUAAAGUAGUUCAGCAAGCAGGAUAAAGUGGAUGAAUCCGAGAGCAUGCACAAACGAGGCGUAUACUCCUACAUCCAUUGAACAUAUGGCAAAUGUGGCGACUCACGGAAUAUGGAUUGUACCUUCGGUAAUUGGCAGUAUCGAACUGGUACGGCGUUCAGCGACAUGGGCUCAGUUUGUUUCCGCUUGCGUAUACGGCACUUCCUUGAUCCUUGUCUUUGCAGUGUCAACUUUCUUCCACAGUGUGCACUACUGCAAUCACAACAGACAACUAAAAGAUGCGUUGCAUCGUUGCGAUCGUGCUAUGAUUUACAUCUUCAUAGCGGCCAGUUACUUUCCAUGGUUAAAUAUAGAACAUUUCCCAGACGACGAGCUUUUGUUCGCGAUGCGAUAUGUCGUCUGGAUCAUGGCUAUAAUAGGUAUCCUCUACCAGCAGAUCUUUCACGAGAGAUACAAGAUGCUCGAAACUAUUUUCUAUGUGGUUAUGGGUAUUGGACCUAGCGUCGCGAUCCUUAAUGCUUAUAACUAUUACAAUAUUACGGAAUUGAAACUGGGUGGACUGAUAUACGUUCUUGGCUUAGUAUUUUUCAAAUCGGACGGCCGUAUACCUUGCGCUCACGCAAUCUGGCAUCUUUUCGUAGCUGCGGCGGCUGGAUUUCACUACUAUGCGAUUCUGAACCACGUGUUUCCUGAAACAGGCCCGACGAAUCUUCUUGGACCAUCUGGCACAAGUAUGCCACAAUUAUCUAAUGUACUAAAGCCUCAUGUGGAAUUGUAGGAGUUGUAUACUAUUGGAAUUGUAUACUAUUUUCUACACUAUUUCUUCCAAAUGCUAAAGAUUCUAAAAUGUAGUUUCAUUCCCAGUUUUAAAGGGUAAACUCUGUAUAUUUUCUUUUAUCUUUUGAUAGACAGAUCUACCUUUAAUUUAUGUCUAUUCAGAGUUUUUGAUAAGAACAAAUUUAUUUUUUAAUCGUGAUUUGUACCUGCCCGUGCUAGACAGCUAGACAUUUUUUUAUAAUUAUUCCAAAUGUCAGUAAACUAAAACCGUACACACACACACACACACACACACACACACAUACACACACACACGCACACACAGAGUGUGUAAAUAUAUAAAGAAGACUAGUGAAUUGUGUAUAUGUAUUAAAAAGAAAGGGAAAAAGAAGAUUUUUAAGUACCUGACUGUCAUAUAAGACGGCCUCUAUUCAUAUAUUAUGAAUGUGUUGUGUGUUAAACAAAAGAAAACAUCUGAUAUUACAUUAGCAGAGAUAUUAAUAUGAGUCAGUUAUUGCUAAUUACAUGACGAGUUUGAAUAUACAUUUAUAGCGAACGUUGUAUCUUUCGUAUUCGAUUUAAUGUAUCCAUUAGUCUCGAUAUCAUUCAUGAACGAUGCCAAAUUAUUGUAAAAAAGAAAAUUGUAUCAUGUCUGUACUUUUCCAAAUGCAAGAAUAUUAUAGAAUAUUUUUGGGAAAAACAUUUUGUUUUAUACUUCAUAAGUUUGAUAAAAGUCUCUACAUUAGGAUCUAUAUAAAAUGUAGAUUAACUUAGUAUUAGCUUAGCGACAAAUGGAAAUCAAGUUGACUGAAUACACAUCUUUAUUAUCUACUAAAAGUCUUUCUGUUUGCAGAUUUAUUGUGCCAAAAUUAAAUUAAACUCGCAUCUUUAUCUAAUAUAGGAUUUCCAACACGCGCCAUUUAAAUUUUGUGAUGGAAAAAAGAAUUGAAUGUUGUAUUUGUAUUAUACAAUACUUUGGCAAAUAUUUUAGUAUGUAAUCACGAAAAAGCAAAAAUACUAUGUGAUAUACCAGAGUUGUUUAAAAAGUUCAUGUUCUGACCUACAUGCAGGUGUGAGAUAGGGACUCCGGUGGUAUUUAGUAUGUACAUAUCCUUUCUAUAUGUUCCUGUAAAAUUUCAGCCUCAUUGAUUAAGUUUUUCUUUUUGUGCAAAUGUGAUAAGCGUUACUUGGCGAAAAAUGCACUCAUAAAAUAUCUGUUCCUGAAAAGCAUGUCUUCUCAGCACAUUUACGAGAAUUAAGAGAGAGAGGGGGGGGGAGGAGAAAUUUGAGAUCCGAUUCUCAGAUGUGAUGGCUAUUGUUAACAAGUGGUUGGACAAUCAGAACAAAGAUUUCUAUGCCAGAGGCAUCAAGAGGCGCUGGAGCACCAAUGGGUCAAGUGCGUUGAAGUAGAAAAGGACUACGUUGAAAAGUUAUGAUAAGAAGAUGUCAGAAAGUCUCCCGGAUAUAGGUCAGAAUAUGGACUUUUUGAACAAUCCUCGGACGCAAUUGAAUAAAAUCAGGCAAUUCAGUAUAUAGUUGUGGUAAUUGUAACAGUCAUAUUACAAUAUGUUUAUACAUCAUAAAAUAACUUGUGCAUCUGUAAUGUGCAUCUAUAAACAUAUAUUACAAAACAUUCUAAUUUGUACUUCUUUAUGUGUACACAUUAAUUGUAUAUUUGAAAUUAAUAUGUAUAGUAAUACUACUUA